AUGCAGAAGGUCAUUCGACGCUCUGUGCUGGCUGAGAAGCAGGCUGCACGAAGACAUGCGAAACGAAAGGAGACGGCGACGAGAGAAUGGGCCAAAUCGAACAGAGAGCAGGAUCGACAUCUUCGUCGCGAAGCAAUCGAUCAGCUCAAGCAAGCCAGGCUCAAUAGAAGGGAAGACUGGGAAUUGGGAUCUUUGGCACCGAAGAGGGAUGUGGGAAAGUCGAAAGAUACCUAUGGUACUAUUCAUACUCAGCGGAUGAGAGGCACGCUGCUCCACCACAAGGAUAGAGCGGAAGCCUUCCAACCCGUGGGAGGAAGAUACUUGAACAUAGUCAAGAAUGACAGGGUGGUGUUACUCGAAGGAAGAGACAAGGGCAAGAUUGGGAAGAUUACAGCAGUCGACAAAGCUCGAGCGGAAUGCACCGUCGAAGGACUUAAUCUGAUUGAUGUUGCUGUCCCUUCAUACAUGAUCAGCGCAGAAGAUCCUGAUCAACGCCCUAUUCGCACCAUCGAGAAACCCGUCCCUCUUGCAUCCGUCCGACUCGUCUACCCCCUUUCCGACCCAGAAACGGGUGUCACACGAGAUGUAAUCAUCAAGAAACUGAAAAACGGCCCCAUAUUCCACGACCGGCAUCUGAAUAAAACGAAAUGGUCCCGCAUUGUGCCGGGACUAAACAUUGUGAUCCCCUGGCCCAAGACACCACCAAAAGAACACAAGGAUGGGCCAAACGACACUCUGAGGAUAGAUGUCGAGCAGCAGACAUACGUCCCUAGUCUCUUACGACCUCCCAUGCCCGGAAGCGUGAUCGAUGAGCUACGGAACAAAUUCUCGAAAUUCAGAACGAGGCAUGAUCCCGAAUAUAUCGAAGCCAAGCUCGCCGAGGAUCGAGCAGUAGAGGAGAAGAAAAAACAGGCGGCAGAAAUGCGUACGCCACUGAAGGAGAUUAAUCGACGGGAGAGGAAGUUGAGGAAAGCGAAGGGCAAGGGCAAGCUCUCGACAGAAAUGUUGGAGAGGAUUGGACAUAUCAUUGCAAAGAAGAGGGGACUGACCAUGGGUGUUGUUGGGGCGCCGAAAGAGGCUCUGCCGUUGGCGGCGUGA